CCCCGGUCCCGCCCCCAGCCUCGCUACGGCCCGCGAGCUCGCUGAGGCCCCGCCCCCCGUGGCCCGGCCCCGCCCCCGCUGCCCGCUGCAAAGUGAGUCCCACCGGCGGAGCUGGCCCGGGCGCUGUGCCCUCGCUCCGCUCUCUCCGCCCCCCCGCGCGGGCCGCGGGCUGCGCUGGGUCGCGGCGGGCCCCGCAGGCGGCCAUGGCGGCGGGCGCCGGGGCCAGGCCGGCGCCGCGCUGGGUGAAGGCGCUAGGCGAGCCGCUCAGCGCCGCGCAGCUGCGGCGGCUGGAGGAGCACCGCUACAGCGCGGUGGGAGAAUCGCUGUUCGAGCCGCCGCUGCAGCUUUACUGGACCUGGCUGCUCCAAUGGAUCCCGCUCUGGAUGGCCCCCAACACCAUCACCCUCAUCGGCCUCGCCAUCAACCUGGUCACCACACUAGUGCUCAUCUUCUACUGCCCUACGGUCACGGAGGAGGCACCAUACUGGACAUACCUUUUAUGUGCCCUGGGACUCUUUAUCUACCAGUCAUUGGAUGCCAUUGAUGGAAAACAAGCCAGAAGGACAAACUCUUGCUCUCCUUUAGGGGAAUUGUUUGAUCAUGGUUGUGACUCUCUUUCCACAGUAUUUAUGGCCAUUGGCGCUUCAAUUGCUGUCCGCCUAGGAACACAUCCUGACUGGCUGUUCUUCUGCUCCUUUGUUGGGAUGUUCAUGUUUUACUGUGCUCAUUGGCAGACUUACGUCUCAGGAGUAUUGAGAUUUGGAAGGGUAGAUGUAACUGAGAUCCAGGUAGCCUUAGUGAUCGUCUUUGUGUUGUCAACAUUUGGAGGAGCAACAAUGUGGGACUAUACGAUACCUAUCAUAGAAAUAAAACUGAAGAUCUUCCCGGUUCUUGGAGUUAUAGGUGGAUUAAUAUUUUCCUGUUCAAAUUAUUUCCAUGUGAUCCUUCAUGGUGGUGUUGGCAAGAAUGGAUCUACUAUUGCAGGUACCAGUGUCUUGUCACCUGGACUCCACAUAGGACUAAUUAUUAUACUGGCAAUAAUGAUCUAUAAAAAGUCUGCAACAAAUGUGUUUGAAAAACACCCUUGCCUUUAUACUUUAAUGUUUGGAUGUGUCUUUGCUAAAAUUGCACAAAAAUUGGUGAUAGCUCACAUGACGAAAAGUGAACUGUAUCUUCAAGACACUGUCUUUAUUGGUCCAGGUCUUUUAUUUUUAGACCAAUACUUUAAUAAUUUUAUAGAUGAAUAUGUUGUUCUAUGGAUAGCAAUGGUCAUUUCUUCAUUUGAUAUGAUGAUAUACUUUAGUUCUUUGUGCCUGCAAAUUUCAAGACACCUUCAUCUAAAUAUCUUCAAGACUUCAUGUCAACAAGCACCUGAACAGGUUCAAGUUCUUUCUUCAAAGACUCAUCAGAAUAACAUGGAUUGAAGAGACUUUCGAACAUUUGCCAUCUCUUGCUGCUGCUGUUUCAUGAAAGGAGAUAUGAAACAUGUUUAAUUUUUAGUUAAAUGUUAUAAAAAUUUCAGCAAAUAAAACAUUUCAGUGCCUCCAUUAAUCCAUAUUUUUGCAAUAUGAAAUAGAACUUACAGUUUCCAUCAUAACUUUUUUUUGCAACAUAGCCAUUUCUUUUUUAAGUUCACUUUGUGUGCCAAUAAACAGAUUAUCAUUAUUCUUCUCCACAUCUUCCAAAUUCUAAAACACAAAAACCCCACUUUAGUUAUAAACUUUAGAUUUUAACCAUAGGUUCUAAAUUAUAAAAUCUUCUAAAAGUAAAAAUACUUUCAUUAUUCAGAAAAUGUUCAUUAUUUAUCCCAACAUUCUAAGUAACUCAUAUAGACCGAAUUUCCCACUAUAAGCAAGUAAAUAUAUCACACAUUAAUCAAAUACAAUUAAAGUACACCGGUAAUAUCAUUGCCCAAAACAACAGUUUAAUGAACUAAGGUCAAGGUGAUAAAAAAAGAAAAUGGGGAAGGGAGCUAAACAAGACGGGAGAAUUGCAAAUUUGAGGGUAGUCUGGGCAAUGUAGGAUCUUGUCUCAAAAGAAUAAGAAAAUAAAAUCUAGAAAGACUACAAGGUUUAUCAGUAUAUAGAAUUUAAAAAAUUUCUAGUAAGUUUCUUAAGAGAUCUAGGUAUAAUCUACUUAUUGUGACUAAGAGUCAAUGUGACUUAAAUUCACAAAUGGGAAUAAAAUAUCUAUAGUAUAAAAUCAAGUUAAAAGAAAAGAAUUAUUAAAUUUUUUUAAAAUAUUACAUUUUCAUUCAUUUAGAAGACAACUGUGGGUACUGGGUUCUCUCCUUCUAGCAUAUGGGCCCCAUAGAUUGAACUCUGCCCCAGUAUUUUGUUUUUCAAGACAACGUCUCAUAAUACAGGCAAGCUCACCCGAAACUCUCUAAUCCUGUCUCAGGCUUAGAGGAAUCUGCCAUAACACCUAGCUAAAAAGUUUUUAAAAAUUUAGUACUCAUUCACCAAAUAUACGAUAUCCUAUUGCCUAUUAUAUAGAAAAUACUGUUCUGUGAAGAACUAAAAAAUAAUACAUGAGUGUUUUUUUACAAUCAGAAAAAUUAUGUAAACAACAUAAUUUUAUAAGAAUGGAAACACAACCCCGGUAACUAUCUGGUGGAACAUAUGAAUAAUUGCUGUUUAGCUAACAAAAAAAUACACUAUUUCAUUAAUUUAAAGGGACUUAAAAUCUUCUAGAGGAAUAGUAUAACCAAAGUAUGGAAAUACGUUAAGUCUGAAUUUAGAGAAAGCAAUUAUGUAGAGAGUUUGGAGUAAUGUACAUGUAUAGAUUGUACAACUAAAAAUUUAGAAGGGACAACUACAGGCAUAUUUUCAGGAAGGAGAUGUUUUAUUAAGAUUACAGGGCAGAGGCAAAGAAUGGAUUGAAGAAAAGAGAAAUCAGGUAAGAGUUUUAAUAGAACAAAGUGUGAUGAGAAAGUGAAAUAGUACAAGCAGAGAAUGAACAAAUGUAUUAAACAGCAGAAAUUAAAGAAACAAUGAACCACUGUAGAGGUAAGAAUUCCAGAAUUUAAUAACAAUAUAGAAGAUAAAAGGGAUAGAGAGCAGGCUUUAAUGCCAGCACUCAGGAGGCAGAGGCAGGCAGAUCUCUUAAGCUCAAGGCCAGCCUGGUCUACAGAGUAAGUUCCAGGACAGCCAGGGCUACACAGAGAAACCCUUCUCAAAAAAUAACAACAACAACAAAAAUAGAUAUGGAGGACUUAAAAUUAUACUGAAGUUUCUACCAAAAUGGUAACAUUUAGUGAUAGAAGAAAUCUUUUCAAGUACUUCCUCAAGUCAUACCAAUUAAAUUGUUCUUAAGGAACAUUAGAGCAAGCUGACAAGGUCUCUUGGAAAUAAUUAAAUAUUAACUUUUUUGUUCAUAUUUACCUAUAAAACUGCUUACUAUUAGGGAACAGUUUUCUAGUUUACAUAUAGGUCAAGAGAUAAUUCUCAACUUACAAAGUUUAAAUUUUCAACUGUGUUAAAUUUUGGGAUAACCCCUCUCAUAAGUUGGCAUAUAAAGUCAUUGUGGUCACUGGAAUAAUUCUAAAAGCUAAUAUGCCAGAAAAGACCUAUAUAAUACAUUUGAAAAUAAGGAAAUAAUUCCAUUUGGUGCUUCCUAUUGAAAAUACACUGGGAAUACAUGGAUAAAAGACUGCAGAAUAACUGCAGAUAAAAGAAAUAACUUAUAAAUUUUCUAUUUUCAGUUAAACAGCACAAUGGCUAAAAAGUGUUAUUUAAUGAAGUAUGGACUUAAUGAAUAAGAACUUUUUAAGGUAAAAUUGCUACUUUGCCAUUUCUUGUCCUGAAUAACAACCUUCUCAGGACAUUAGAAUUUUACAGACAUAUUUAUCACUUUGGUCACAAACAAUUCAAAAUAGAAAUUUUAAAAAUUAAAACACUUCCCAUGAAUUUGCAAAAAAAUAAUAAUAAUACUUAAAUUAUGGUUUAUAAGAACAUAUGUUAGGGGCAAGAGAUGGCUCAGUGGUUAAGAAUACUUGUUCUUAUAUAGAGGACUUAGGUUUGAUUCCCAGCACCUACAUGGCAGGUCACAACCAUUUAUAACUUUAAUUUUAAAGGAUCUACUGCCCUUUUCUGACCUCUGUGGGCAGUAGGCAUGUACAUGGUGUACAGACAUACAUAUAAAAACAUCCAUAUACACUAUUAAAAAAAAGAACAUAAGUUAGCUGGAUGUGGUGGCUCACACCUUUAACACCAGCACUUGGGAAGAAAAAGAAUCUCUCUGAAUUUGAAGCCAGCCUAGUCUACAUAGCAAGUUCCAGGCCAGCCAGGCAAUAUAGUGAGCCCUGUUUCAAACAAAAACAAAGGAGAUACACAAUAAAACAAAAACAUGUUACUAUGUAUAACUCACCUUUAUGAACUGCUCAUGUAUCUGUUUGAUUGCUUUCAUUCUCUGGCUCUGAACAAUUCUAGACUGCUGAAAAACCUUUUGUUGUUGUCGAAAAAGAUUCUAUAAACAUUAAAAAAAUGUAAUAAUGA